CCGACCGUCGAAGAGGACAGUCUCUCUCCGCCUCCGCUACCAACCAGCUGAUCCUCAGCAGGCAAACAGUUUCGCCCACUAGUUUCAGUUUAUUUUCGGUCAGAUAUGUGCUAAUAAUCGCGCGAGUGCCAACCAAUUGUGCCGGCCAUUCCGCAGUGCAAGUGAUCGUCUUCCCAAAACGAAGGGGAAGAUUCUUUCGGCAGGCCGAAGAGCACAAUGAAAUCAAAGUACGAGAACAUGAAGAUCAUCUACAAUCGUAGCAAGAUCGGCUGGUAUUGGGCUCCCCUGUUUGUGUCCUGUUGGUUCCUGCUCUUCUACCUGGUGGUGAUUCCCAGUUUCCAUCGCAUGCCAAAGCUGAAAACCCUCGAGGAUGAGCGCCAGCAGCCGGGUCAAUUUAUCGGGGAACGGGCAGAGAACACCCUACUGAGGCUCUCGAAGAUCGGACCCAAGGUCGUGGGCAGUGCGGCCAAUGAACAGGUGGCCGUUCAGUUCUUGCUCAGCGAAAUCAGAGACAUCAUAGACGAUGCGCGACUGGAUCUCUACGACAUCGAAAAGGAUGUCCAGGUCGCCUCCGGAAACUAUCUGCUCUGGUCCAUGGUCAAUGUGUAUCAGAGCAUCCAGAAUGUGGUGGUAAAGCUGUCGCCCAGGAAUGCCACCAGUGAGGCCGCUCUCUUGAUCAAUACCCACUUUGAUUCAGUGCCGGGAAGCUCGGGAGCCGGAGAUGCCGGCAUGAUGUGUGUGGUCAUGCUGGAGGUGCUGCGGGUAAUCACCAAGUUCGAGACCCCGCUCACCUACUCGGUGGUGUUCCUUUUCAACGGAGCCGAGGAGAAUCCACUGCAGGGCAGCCACGCGUUCAUCACCCAGCAUCCUUGGGCCCAGAACGUCAAAGCGGUUAUGAACUUGGAUUCGGCGGGAAGUGGUGGACGGGAAAUUCUGUUUCAAUCCGGACCCGAUCAUCCUUGGCUGAUGAAGUACUACGGCAAAAACAUAGUUCAUCCAUUUGCCUCCACUAUCGGAGAGGAAUUGUUUCAGAAUGGCUUUGUGCCCUCAGAGACGGACUAUCGCGUGUUCCGCGACUACGGCCAUAUACCCGGUCUCGAUAUGGCGCAGACUUUGAAUGGCUAUGUGUACCACACCAAAUAUGAUCGCUUUAAUCUCAUCCCGCGGCGCACUUAUCAAUUGACUGGCGAAAAUAUCUUGGCUCUGGUCAAGGCCCUGGCGAAUGCUGAAGAGCUGGAGAAUCCAUCGAAAUACGCCGAGGGUCAUAUGAUAUUCUUUGACAUGAUGGGCUGGUUCUUUGUGUAUUAUCCGGAGAGCACGGGUGUCAUCAUCAAUAUAUCCGUGUGUGUCCUGGUGUGCAUUACGAUUGUGGCAUACAUCUGGAUGAUGUCCAGCAGCACGGGAAUGUUCCGCCGACGGAUCUGGGCAAAGUUUGGCAUUCUGACGGCUCUCCAGGUGGCAGGAGUAGCCUUGGGCAUUGGCCUGGUCAUGUCGAUAGCCCUGUUCCUGGACGCAGUGAAUCUUCCAAUGUCCUGGUUUUCCCAGAACUGGAUGCUCUUCGGUCUGUACUUCUGUCCCAUGAUAUUUGGCAUGGGCAUAGUGCCGGCUAUUUACUUUAGUCGCACCAAAGAGCAUGGUUUGCCUUUGGGCUAUGGCAUUCAGCUGUUGAUGCAUUCGCAUUGCCUGAUCUUGACCGUUGUCACCGCCAUAAUGGUCAGCUAUAGUAUUCGCUCGGCCUUUAUCAUAAUGCUCUGCAUAGGUUUCUAUACACUAUCCGUGCUGAUCAACAUGAUCACUAAGGCCCAUAAAACUAAUUUCCUUUGGCUCAUACCGCACUGCACUUGCCAAGUGUUGCCCUUCAUGUUCUAUACCUACUGCUGCUAUGCCUUCUAUGUGGUUUUUGUGCCGAUGCAGGGACGCGAGUGUAAUACCAAUCCAGAGAUUCUAAUGGGUUUCUUUACGGCACUGAUGGUCCUGCUAUUUGCACCCUUUCUGGUGCCCUUGUUCUGCCUGUUCCGCAAGUCGAAAACGAUUAUCUCAAUGUUUGGCGUUUGUACGGUGGUAUUCAUUAUAUUUGCUGCCACACCGAUUGCCUUUCCUUACGUCGAGAAAACGGCUGCUCAACGAUUCUUCGCUGUGCACACAGCCCGGACCUUCCAUAACGGCGAUGCAGCGAGCACAGUUAGCCACACGGAUUCGGGAUACUUUGUCCUUCCGGUCGAUCGUCGUCCACACACUGUGGACGAUAUUCUGUUCGAGAACACCAACUUCACAAAGGCAGAACGUAUGGACUGUGAUUCGGAGCUCAUGUGCGGCUAUCCCAUAUACAGUUCGCGCUGGCUGAAUGCAGUUGACAACAGCUAUUUUGUACCCGGGCCCGAACCCAAUAAGGCUUAUAUUCCUACGCUGACCAUUUUGGAUAAAACGAGUAGUUCGGCAACGAAUAUUAAAUUUGAUCUGGAGAUCUCAGGACCAGAUCACACGAGCAUAUUCAUUCUGCCCUUAAACGACACCAAACUAGUGGAUUGGUCGUUCACCAAAGAGCCGAUUAAAAACAAUGUAAAGCCUCCUUAUUAUGUGUACUGGUCAUACGCAUUGGAUCCCAAGCCCCUGCAGUUUUCACUGGAAUUCGAGCACGACGAUCCAGAUUGGUCGGGUGGCACUUUUAAAAUAGCCCUCAUGGGCCACCGAAUACACGACGACAUGUUCAUAACGGAGGACUUCAGGGAGUUCUUGGCCACAUUUCCACCAUGGGCGCAUGUUAGCUCCUGGCUUGGAUCCUACAACAGUUGGCAACUUUAAGCCUGGGCCAUCCCAAUCCCCUUUUUUUUGCCAUGACACCUAAGCUACUGUUAACUUUGGUACUACUAGUUGGUCUUACCAAAAACCCUAAUCCAACGAACAAAGUGUCAAUGCCCUUGGCACACCUUAACUUGUACUUGUAUUUACAAUUAGACCAGUGUAGUUACUACUUUGUAAUUUUAUUAAAAUAUACUAUAAAUUAUUUAUUAA